UUACCGCAUAAGGCAGAAGCAGCCGUGGUUUCAAGCUACUUCAUCACAUACCUACAUGCAUAAGCCGCAGCCGACCGCGAAGGGCCCGACUCCGCGUGUCUGUCUUGUCCGACUGUGUCUCUCACGACAAAGCAUCGACCCACCAUGAUGGACACUGACACACACAGAAUGUCUCUCAUCUCUAGGAGACUAUCGACCCUCUGGCCAAAGAUUACUUCCUCUUCCCGAAAGUUAUCAUCUUCGCUCGCCGAUUUAUGUUCCUACAUUCAAUCCACUCCCGAUGCCCAUCUAUCUCCAAUCAAAGAGCUGGCCAUUAGGAAAGAGGAUGACGGUGUUCGGCACGAGUUCCUACUUUUGCGGCUAGCAAAACCGACUGGGGAAGAAUUCUGGGUGCGUCUGGAAAGAAAGGGGCCAACGGGCACUCUCAGCAGGCUCAUGUCCAGUGAAUGGGAAGCGAACGACGUAGCAAUUCUCUCUGGGAAACGCAGCUCCCUGUUAGGUAGAGCGAAGAGUGUGGAGAAGACAAGGAUUAUUUUUCGCGUCCCACCUUCGCUGAACGACUUGCUUCGUGUUCUCAAUGCACUCAGGAAGGAAUCAAAAUCUUAUCAAUUAUGGCCGGUGCGGAACAAUCUUUUGCUGCAUCGCUCAUCAUCGAUAACACUGUUGGUGUUUCUAAAUUGCUAGGAAAAUUGUUACUUUUUUGCGUCUGUAGUCACCGAAUACCUAUACCAUCUCGAUGAAAGCGCUGAACUUGUCGGGACUUUAAGAUGGCUUGAUCUUGGAGGCGAAACACGUCGAAAAAUUCAACAAUGCAUCGCCUCAUAUGAGGCUUUCUCCGUCCACGAUCUCGAAGUAGAAUUGAGAAGCAGUCUCGCAGGCGGAGGUGCUGGAGGUGGUGGCGUCAAGCGGAUCCUUGAAUCUUGGACACUAAUACGUAAUCCAGCAACUUCAUCAUCAUCAUCUUCCAAUUCAUCUAUCCCCGG